AUGAAGGGGCCUCUGAAGAAAACCUACCAUAUUUUGGCUUUUGUCUGGUAUGCUUUUGUUCUCCAAACGCUCGCCUCGAAGGAUCCUAAGGAUCUACCAGUCGGCAUGUUUGUCUAUGGUGGACCCUGGAAAUACCUCACUUUCUUAAAUCUGCUCCUGCAGAUGGUGUUUUUCGGGUUGGCCGCAGUGAACGACUUUCAGCAUUUGCUGGGGAAAGGUGCAGCCAAACACCUCAGCCUCUGCAAGGACCUGAUAUUCUCAGUCUUCGCCUUCCCUGUUGGAAUGUUUGUGGUGCUGAUGUUCUGGGGGAUCUUCACCUAUGACCGGCAGCUGGUGUACCCUGCCACAAUGGAUGACUUCUUCGCUCCCUGGAUGAACCACGCCAUGCACACAUUGGUCCUACCUUUCCUAUUGGGGGAGAUUCACCUACAGCCUCACGCAUAUCCCAAAACCAAGAAUGGCGUGGGUGCCCUGUGCAUUGUGGGAGUGGCUUACUUGAGUUGGGUAGUCUGGGUCUAUCUGACUGUGGGCAUCUGGGUGUAUCCUCUGCUUGGCCUCUUCAGUACUGCAGGGCUGAUGGGAUUCUUCUUCUGCAACAUGUGCGUUGUCACCUUUCUCUACCUCCUGGGACAAAUGCUUAACAAGCAGGUCUGGGGUCAUGUGGAUGUGAGUUCUACCCCCUCCAGAGGAAAAACACAUAUUCGAGCACAUGACUGAUUUUGGAGUCCAUCUGCGCAACAUAUG